AUGGUCAGCCACAAGCGUAUUGUCAAGAGGAAGAAGAGGAAAAACCUCUACGAACUGUACGUGAAUAUGCAGGAGGAGAAAUUGAAAUUGGUGUCAGAUGAGUCGAGAGGGAAUCUACAUGAUGGUUAUGAUGAACAACAUCACGGUGUACCUUACGCAGAUCAUGAGCACAUUAUCCAAUUGGAAAAUGAAGUAAGAGCACGAUUGGAAGAACAGUCUAAUUUGUUGUCAAUGAAGGGAAUAGAUAGAGUAGAUAUACAGCAGAAAAAAGGAAAGCAUUCAAUUAUAUGUAUUCAUUAUAUAAAAAAUAUGUGUAUGAAAAAUUUGUUUUGCAAUUAUUUACAUCAACUUAUUUAUGCAAAAAUUCCUACAUGUAAAAAUUUUGUGAAAAAUAAUUAUUGUGCUGAUAAAGUAAGAGGAUCUUGUAUGUUUCGACACACAUUGGAAAAUGCAAAUACAACUACGUAUAACGAAAAUAAAGACGAUUAUUUGGAUGAUAUUUUAAAAUUUUUACAUGAAAAAAAUAUAUGUGUAAAUUAUUUAUUAGGGUUUUGCAACUUAGGAUAUAAUUGUAGAAAAUCUCAUAAAAGCAAAAGUAGAAAAUUUAUCAACAUUAUAAGUAUUCUUCCAAAAUUCUAUUUGGAUCAUAUAUUAAUUAAUCAUCCUUUGUAUACCCCUCUCUAUAGUAAUCACAAAAAUAUAAUCAAUGAUAUGAACAAAUUGAAGGAUGCUCUAAUUGUUUUAAGCGGAGAAAAAUACCAGGAAAAGCAACUUCUUCCUAUUAGUAGUAAUAGUACACCAUCUUAUACCAACAUUUCGAAAAAAGAACAGGACCCCACUGUCCAAACCAAUGAUUCUUUUGUGAACAAGACAGAUAUCUGCCACAGUAAUAGUGAUACACAUCGCCACUACCCUGGAGGAGGAAGCGGUGUAGGAACAGACACCACUUUCAACACAACUUGCGUGAAAACUUGGAACCAAGAAAGUGACCAAAUCGAGAAAGCAAACCAUUAUAAAAAUUAUUCCAAAGGAACAAAUGUACAUGGUAACAAUAGACAUAAUGAAAAAGGGAUUGGUAGUAACUUUAACCAUAACAAUAGCAAUAGUCAGACAGAUGGUGUGAUGAUGCAAAUUGUUGAUAAUAAUGCAACAAUGGGACGAGAUAAUGAAAAGAUAUAUCAAUAUAACAGAAUGAGUGGUAAUGAGGAAAAGUGGAAUAUAAACGGAUUAGCAAAUAGGAACCAAGAAAAUAUUAUGAACAGCAUCCCAAAUGUAUAUGAUCUGAACAAUGAAAUAAUCGAAAGUGAAAAAAUAAAAGUCUUUGUUAUUAAGUGUAAUCAAAUUUCCCAUUUGUAUUUAUCAAUUUUAUAUGGUGUAUGGGCUACAGGAAAAAAUAAUACGAGAAAAUUUGUCAACUUAUUUAAAGAAAAUUAUACAAUUAUUUUUCUAUUCUCAGUAAAUGAAAGUGGUGGUUUUCAAGGAUAUGCAAAAAUGAUAACUAUGCCAAUAAAAAAUUUAUAUGAAAAUUUAUGGGGUCCUAUAACUAAAAGAUUAGGUGGAAAUUUUCGUAUUCAAUGGAUAAAAAUUGCAAAAAUUGAUUUUGACAUUUUUAAAAAUAUGGUUAACCCAUAUAAUGAUAAUUUACCUUUAAAAAAAAGUAGAGACGGUACUGAAUUACCUCUAAACUUGGCAUCUAUUAUUUGUAAUAAAAUUCAUCUUCUUCCAAAUGAAGAUUUCUUAGCUGGAACUAUAUAUGAGUAUAAACGAAGAAUUAAGCACUCUUCUUUCUUCCAAAAUUUACAUAAACAAAAUUUGCUAAAUACCAAUACCGUGCUGGAUAUGCGUAUCUUCACCCUAAAUCAGCAAUCGGAUUGUGAAAACAUUACCUUCAUUGACGGUAUUGAUCACAACAUUACAUGA